AUGAAGUUCACCUUAUGCCAAGCCAUCCUGGCGUUGCUCGUGCCAGCGGCAUUGAGCAUCGAUAUCGUUGGCGGCCAUAGCCCAAAAUGCGUUUGCUGUUCCGCCCUCUCGAAGGACCCUGAGCUGAAGAGCAAGGUACUUGUGCCCGAUACAGAAAUAUACGACAAGCGUCUGCAGUCUUACUACUCCGCCAACGCGGCGCAAGCCGCUUGGUGCAUGGUACUCCCGGAAAACACAUUAAAUGUGUCGCGCAUUGCCAAAGUCAUCUCCAAGCAUCAGUGCCCAUUCGGUAUUCGGAGUGGCGCGCACUCAGCUUUCAAAGGGUCCAAUGGUGCUAAGGAUGGUAUCACCGUUGACUUCGGCUACAUGAACAAGACGACUUACAACAAUGUGACCAACAUUGCUUCGAUAGAUCCUGGUUCUACUUGGGAGAGGGUAUACACGACGCUCAGAGAUGACUGGCAUGUAACCACUGUUGGUGGUCGAGCUUCAGUCGUCGGCGUUGGAGGUUUUGUGACUGGCGGUGGUUACUCCUUCCACACCAAUGCGCACGGCUUCGCAUGUGACACUGUCACCAAUUUCGAGAUCGUACUCGCGAACGGCACCGUGGUCAACGCCAACUCGACUUCGAACCCUGACCUUUACAAAGCUCAGAAGGGUGGCUCCGGCAACCUAGGCUUUGUCACCAGAAUCGAUCAAAAAGUUAUCAACUCGACAGACAUGUGGGGAGGUCUCACUGUGUACAACCUUACGGAAAGAGACAAACUUUUCAGAGCUUACAUCAACUUCUCCAAAAAGAUGGAUCAGGAUCCCGCAAGCCAGAACAUCGUGGGAAUGUACUGGGGAACUCACAGGGGUUACGGUCUUCGAGGAAUCUUGACGAACAGCGACGCCGUCAGCAAUGCUCCAGCCUUCGAUGAGUACAAGACCAUAGCGAACAUCAGCAGCACUUCUCGCGUUGCAGCCGUUGCUGAAAUGGUCCCGGAGUUCACUGGUCCCACACCGCUUGGUCUAUACGCCAACUGGUUCGUCGGCGAAUUUCAAGACGACUUCCGUAUGAUGACCUUCGUCGACGAUAACCUUCGCAUAUACGGCGAGGAAUUGGACAAGAUAGCACAAGAUAUGGAACAAGAAACAGGGCAAAACGUAACCUACGACGUCCUUGCACAAUUCCAGCCCUUCACGCAAUCCAUGGUCAAGCACAGCCAAACGAACGGAGGCAACAUCCUUGGGCUUGAGGACGUGGUGGCUGAUGGGCCCACGACCAACUGGCUCAUCGUUCUGACAUGUGAUACAACCGAAUUGCAAGACAGGAUGCUUCCACUCGCGCAGGAGUUUCGAAAGGAAAUUGAUGCUUACGCCAAGGAAAUUGGGGUGUACAAGGACUGGAGGUACCUUAACUAUGCUUGGGUCGAUCAGAACCCGAUCGCGUCGUACGGCGAGAAGAAUGUGGCGUUUCUCAAGGCUGUUGCUAAGAGGGUAGAUCCGGAUGGCGUUUUCCAGAAAUUGAGGAUCACGGGGUUCAAGAUCCCGGUUUGA